AUGGUUCGGAAUCUUUGUGAACACGAACUGUCAAUUCCAACAUGGUCACCUGCACCGUCGGGUGGCCAUGUUGGCGUCCGGCCAGAUUGCGGUAUCUUCAUCGGUAACGAAGACUCAAACGCCUUCUACAAAGCCAUCAGUCUGGAUGGCUUCCCUAGUUACAAACGCCAUUUUCAAAACAGGGACGACACACGCCUAUGCCGAAUACCGGACUGUAGCGACUGUUGUGCCGCAAGGGAGGUCUCGACAGUGCACACAGACUGCGUCGAAUUCGUGAAAAGUAAAUACAAGUUGGACAACCAUUGGAGCGAGGAUGGGCGCAGCUAUUGGGACCACUUGUGGGUUCUCUCUGCCUGGAGGACUCCAUGGCGUCAAGCUCCCAACUUUCGCCUUGAAGAAAAGAACUUCACACCAAAUGUCUUGAUGUUUGACAACCUGGGUUACCCACUAAUGAAGAUGAAGUCGCUUCCCUUGGAAGUAAUCCAGAUCAUUCAUGAGUUUUCGGCGGCCAGUCCACUCUGGCGGUUCACUGCAGCGUCUGCACUUCCUCAUCGACUGCCUGCUGCUUCCUCAGAUCAACUCCUGACAAUCCAUCUGUCCACGCUCUUGUCGUGGGAUCGCGGUUGUCAACCGGUAAUCGCUGACAUCGGUGACACCACCUCUCGACUGCCAAUCAUCCGUAUGACAAUUGAUGCACGGGGAAUCAAAAAAGUCGAACAACUGCCUGAGCAGCCCCGUUUCACAACAUGGCGGACGAAUACCUAUGUAUACGUCGUCCUGCACCGGGUGCAUCUCGGGGGCAUCAUCGCACACUUCAAGUUUGGACUUUUGCGCUUGAAGUUUCCUCAUUCUGGGCUUCAGAUUUGGGAUAUGCCAACCCCUCCUCACCGUGAGGAAUGCCGUUUUUAUCCACAAAACAUCACCGACCGCACGCAGUUCAGAACAAUUGAGUUGAGCAAAGUAACCGGUAUCACUUUCUUCUUCGCCGACGGCAAGAUCUUUGCCAUCCAUCCUCAUACGCUGGAAACUCCUUGCGCGCAGUCAACACAUCAACGCCUGUCACCUCACAAUCAGAAAUGGGCCACUUGGGUAUAUUUUCCCGUUUCGAAAAGUGACUCUGUUGCCGCACUGGGUGUGCGAAUGUUACCGGCCAAGGGUGGUUACAUUGAUAGCCCCCGUUUGCUUUUCCGUAUGAAACUAGGUGGUGACAUACCAGUCGGCCUUGAUCGCUCAAGAGACGUAAGGGAUUUCUUCCUGGGCAAGUCGCCAUUGACACUUAUACACGACACUCGUGAAUGGCAACCCGUUUCCACAAUCGGCGCCUAU